CUCUGACGUCAUCAGUGAGGGACGGAAGUAUGCUAUGCUUUUAUUGUUUGGAAGUGGUGACUUAUUAUGGCUUCAGAUGAUGAAGUUAAUCUUUUAGUUGUUGUCGUUGAUGUGAACCCCAUAUGGUGGGGAAAGCAAGCACUCAAUCAGUCUGCUGUAACACUUCCAAAAUGCAUGGAUGCAGUCAUGGUGAUGGGAAAUUCCCAUUUAUUUAUGGGUCGUAACAACAAACUUGCUGUGAUUGCCAGUCAUUUACAAGAAAGUCGCCUCCUUUUCCCAGGAAAACAGUGGAAGAGUGGAGACUUCUCUGGGGAGUCCUCAAUUUUUGAAUCAAAUGUAUCAGGAAGUAAGGAUGGCAAAUACGAAUUACUGACAGCCGCCAAUGACAUGAUUGCUGACGAUAUCAGAGAUCUUAUGACCAAAAGCACUGAAGUGAAAGGACAGCGAACAGAUACUAUGUUGGCAGGAUCCUUAGCAAAAGCUCUUUGCUACAUUAACCGAAUAAAUAAAGAAACCAAAGCUGGACAAGAAGUGAAAUCCAGGAUACUGGUCAUUAAGGCAGCAGAAGAUAGUGCUCUACAAUAUAUGAACUUUAUGAAUGUCAUAUUUGCUGCUCAAAAACAGAAUAUUCUAAUUGAUGCUUGUGUAUUGGACACAGACUCGGGACUCUUGCAGCAGGCUUGUGACAUAACAGGAGGAAUAUAUCUGAAGAUACCUCAAGUUAACUCACUGUUGCAGUACUUGUUGUGGGUUUUCCUUCCAGAUCCAGAUCAAAGGACUCAGCUGAACCUGCCCCCUCCAGUUCAUGUGGAUUACCGUGCAGCAUGUUUCUGCCAUCGGAACCUGAUUGAAAUUGGCUAUGUUUGUUCUGUCUGUUUAUCUAUAUUCUGCAACUUUAGUCCCAUCUGUACCACUUGCGAGACAGCAUUUAAGAUCUCUUUACCGCCAGUUAUGAAGGCAAAAAAGAAGAAAUUAAAACCUAUGUUUUAGAGGCAGGUACAGCUACUAUACAGAUGACCAACAAGGUUUUACUUCUCAGCGAUCAAUAAUAAUUAAGACCAUAUCAUAAAUUAGAAGAAAAGCAUCGGACAGCUGACAGGCUUUCGUUCCAGUGCCAGAAGGACAACAUGGCAACUGAAAAUCUGCAAUGGGAGGUGCACAUGCAUUGUGUGAUAUUUUUUACCACCAACAAGAAAAUCGUUUUGCCUCAAGUGUAAAUAGUGUGUUGCCAUAGCAACUAUCCACAAUCUGCAAUUUGCUAUUUUAUCUGCAUUAAAGUAUUACAGCUUGAUUUUUGUCUGGCCGCUAUUGUCAGUACAGAAUUUUUUUUUUUUAAUAGACGAGAUCCUGUGAAAUGACACUUUUGAGAGACUGACAACACUCAUACCACAGCUAGCAGAAAUGACUGCUGCUUAUAUAUGAAAAUAAUGAACCAACUGAAAAAUAUUGCUCUUGAUACUUUUAUUUACUGCAGCUAUUUAUAUGUAUAUGUUUUGUAAAAAUAAAAACAAGAUAUUAAUUAA